AUGUGUGAAUACGAAAUACCUUUCCAUAUUCAAGAGGAAAUCAUGAAAAGGCUUCCUGUGAAAUCAUUGGUUCAGUUCAGAAGCGUCUCAAAAGCAUGGAAGUCUUUGAUCGACAGCUCCGAGUUUAUUGCUGCUCACAGCCUCCGCCGCCACACUCAGCCACAGCAUCUGCUUGUAUCGUAUGAAGAUCCGGAAGAAGGGAUAAAGUAUGUUUCUUAUAUCGAUGGUGACACUUUCCGCCAACAGAGGUCUCUUUUGACUGUUCCUGUAUCAAUUAAAGAACUUAAGAAACCGGCAGUAGUUGGUAGCUCUCACGGCUUAUUGUGCUUGUAUGGCUCUGAUCCCGACCUUACAACUAAGAUGGUUGCUCUUUGGAAUCCUUCAAUUAGAAAAUCGAUUGUUGUUGCUGUAUCUGUUGGCAAAAGCAAACCAUCUGUUGGUUUUGGGGUUUGUCGUGUCACUGGUGACCCUAAGAUCGUUUUGAUUACACAAUCUUGGGAUGACCCAAAUAUCGAAACCAGUUACCGUUUCGAAGUUUUGGUUUACACUCUGAACUCAGGGAAAUGGAGAAAUUUAUCCACCAAUCUGCCCGCUAAACCGGUUCGAGAUUGGAGUCCGGUGGUAGUUACUGAUCGGUUUAUCUAUUCGCAUUCUGCAGGGUCAAGCACUCAUAAUAUGAUUAUGUCAUUUGAUGUGACUAAUGAGAGUUUUGAAUCCAUAGACCUUCCGGAUAGCCUAGCUCGCCAUCAUCCUGUGAACUUUUUUAUUUCUAAGGUACGGGAUUCUCUUGCCAUGUUUAAGUACAGUGGAGACAUCUAUCCUGGGGGAGACAUCUGUACUGUAUGGAUGAUGGAACAUGGUGUUCAAAAGUUGUUUACAAAGUUGUUUGACAUUAAGACACCGCAUGACUUUAUAGUGGGAUUUAGGAAAAAUGGCACACCUAUAAUUCAAGUGGCAUAUGAUGACGAUGAUGAUGAUGAACCGCCUAGACUUGUUGUUUAUGAACCCAAUUCUGAACACAACAAUUUUCUUGAGAUUUCUGUAUAUCCUUUUUCCUUCAAUGUGAAUUCCUACAUGGAAACGCUACUUUUGCUGUAA